GGAAGACUCAAACUUAUCCUUGAUUCAAUAUUUAUAAGUCUAUAUCAUGUCUAUCUAGGUAUCUAAAAGAUCUAUUGAAUAUAAGAUAUUCAAUGUUGCGGUACCGGGCGCUUCACUCUCAUAAUAAAUAAAGCCCAAUUGUAGCAAAAGUAACUCUAUAAAGAGCCCCUGUCUCAUUACGGCUUAAUUAUGGCACCAGUCACUGCCCGUCUUGUUUCUGAAAGCAAGCCGUAUCUCGUUCCAGGCAAAGUACUUGUAAAAGAGCUAUGGUUUGAGGUCCCACUCGACCACUCCGAUCCAAAUUCGAAACCCAUUAGACUCUUUGGAAGAAGUGGCGUCAAAUAUGCGCGGCCUAUCGUUGAGCCAGCUGAGGUCGAGCAAAGACCCUAUAUUGUGUUCCUCCAAGGUGGCCCUGGCUUUGGCACGGCUUCACCUCAGGACUCCCCCAUAUCAUCCUACUUCCUCGAAAGGGGCUACGAGAUGCUCUUCUUAGACCAGCGUGGCACCGGGCUCAGCAGCACUAUCUCUGCCAACACGCUCGAGCUUGUCGGCGGUCCUCAGGAGCAAGCCGACUACCUCAAGUUCUUCAGAGCCGAUACCCUUGUCAAGGACUUCGAAGCCGUUCGUCUCUGCCUAACUAAGGACUACCCGCCCGAGAAGAAGAAAUGGUCCACCUUCGGCCAAUCUUUCGGCGGCAUGAUGAGCUUGACCUACCUCUCUUUCGCGCCGGAAGGCCUCCGGGAAUCCUUCAUCACAGGUGGACUCGCUGCAUUAGAUAAAGGUCCUACGGAUGUGUAUACGGCUACCUACAAAAGGUGUAUAGAACGAAACAACGCCUACUACAAGAAGUUCCCGGAAGACGUCGCCACGGUGAAAUGGAUUGCGGAGAAAAUCCAGGAGCUUGGCGGCGAGAAGGGAAUCCCUUUACCUACUGGUGGUUUCCUCACAGUCCAACGGUUUAUGACAGUUGGUCUCAAGUUUGGCGCUCACGGGGGUAUCGACAGGGUUCACAAUUACAUAGUAAGGAUGAAGGGGGACCUAGAUCAGUUCGGCAUGUUCACCCGCUACACCUUGAAUGAGCUGGAUCAAGACGGCGACUGGGACAUCGCCCCGAUCUACACUCUACUACACGAGCCGUGCUGGUGCUUCGGCCCAGGCGUGGCCGGAAAAUGGGCCGCAGAGCGGAUCGGCCAGAGCUUAGAGGAGUACCCGUGGCUUCGGAAGGACUGGGCGGGACCCGCGAGCCUGGGCGACAAGCCGCUGUACUUCUCUGGCGAGAUGAUCUACCCGUUCCUUUUCGACACGUGCUCCGAGCUCAUGAAGCUGAAAAAAACAGCCCAGAUCCUUGCCGAGUACGACGGGUGGGCGCCGCUGUAUGACAUAGCGCAGCUGGCGAAGAACGAGGUCCCCGUUUACGCGGCGUGCUACAACGACAUGUACGUCGACCCCGACAUGGCGAGGGUUACGGCUUCGAGGGUCAAGGGGAUCAAGGUAUUCGAGACGAACGUCUUGUAUCAUAACGGCAUACGCGCGCGCCCGGAAGAGGUGAUCCCGCAACUGCUCAAGUUGCGCGACGACACCAUAGAUUAAAGCAGUCUAUAACUCGUGGUAUUCAUAGAUAUCAAGCUAGCUUUUUAAAUCAGCCCGUAGAAAGAGAGAACCGUAGCAAUUCGUUAAUGGGAUAUGAAACGCCACCCCCAAAGUCCGCUA